AUGGCUGUGAUAACGUCCACCUCGCUUACGGCGUCUGAACGUGCUGAUCUCACGAAAAUCCUUGCCAAAAUGUAUCCCCACGAUACCUUUGAAGACAACUUGACCUCCGAGACCAGUAUCCUUAUCGUGCACUCCGGCAGAGACAAAUGGUCCCAGAGCCGUAAAUACCAGCAUGCCAUCAGCUCGCGGCCCGAUAUCCGGCUUGUGUCGUACGAGACCGUCCUUAAUACGUACAACUUGUGGCUGCGCGGCGACGAGGUGGGCCUACGACCCGAGAAACUCGAGAUCAUGCCCGUUUUCGACAACUUGAGCGUGUCGAUCAGCCGGCUAGACGCAGAGCUGAGCGCGAAAAUCAGACAUAUGGUCCAGUCAAACGGCGGUAGCGUGGUGGAGUCGAUCAGCACGGCGUCGGACGUGCUUGUGACCACCGUUCCUGAAGGUCUGAGGUACUCCAAGGCCCGCGAAUGGGGCGUUCCCGUGGUAUCUCCGGACUGGGUAUAUGACAGCGUUGAGCGUGGCGGCAUGCUGAGCGUGACGGAGUACUUUUUGACGGGAGAAAACAGCAAGGGCCGCCGCGAUGACGCGUGCGACUGGGAAAAGGUGCGCGCAUGGAAGCAGGCCGAGCAGGACAAACUGCAGACAGAAAAAGCGAAGCGCACUCUUGACACUUAUGAAAAGGAGCGCGAUCUGAAAGUGCGGAAGGUGGAUAGAACGAAUAAGGUGUGGAAGUCGAUCAUGGGCAACAUUAAGGUGUCUAAUCUGAAACGCGGGCUGGAAGACAACUGGAGUCAGGAACAGGAGGAGGAAGAGAGUUUUUCGCAGGUUUCCGUGCUGGAUUCCAGCCAGGUGAGCACGGAAUCGAUGCUAUUUGAAGGAGUGUCGUUUGCGCUCGGCUCAGGAUACACAGACUCGCAAAAAAGCAUUCUCAAAAAGGUGAUCACAAGCCAUCGCGGCAAAAUCCAGGACAACGCAGAUUACACGGUUGUGAGCUCGAUGCUGGACUCGCUCGUGGCCGACGCAAAGGAUAGCGUAAUCACAGAGCUGGCUCUGGAGCGAUCGAUCUACUACAAGACGCGAGACUUCGACAGCAUGUGGUCGCGGCCGUUUGUCCCGCAUCCGGAAAACGAGUCGGCUUUAUUCGAGGGCGUCCCGAACCGGGUGGUGUCGAUCACCGGGUUUAAAGGCGUGGAACUCACGCAUCUGGAGAAACACCUGGCCAAGCUGAAGACGUGCCAGCUGAGCAGUGUAUUUUCGAAAAGCACGGGGCUGUUAAUAUUCAACGACGAGCUGCCCAAAUCAGAGCUUCUGGCGAACCAGAAGCUUGUGCUGGCAGCCAAGUGGCGCACAAAAUGUAUUUCUAUUGGCGAGUUCUGGGACGUAUUCAAAUAG